CUCGCGACCGCCUCUAGAUUUGCGCGCGACCUUAUCUCUCAAGAAACUUUUCGCGAUGCGCGAAGUUUUGAUCGCAAAGUUGUAAGUUCACCAGUCAAGUUGUGACAGGUUGAUGUGUGUUCUAUAGAAACGUUGCAGACAGUUAUCAGCAGCUGGAAAAGUGUUGGUGAGAUUUUUCAACCGAUUUUCAUCUUAUCACCAACUGAACAUCUGUUAUCAGUGAUAGCAAACUAGUUUGGAUCGUCGAGGUGGAUUGGAUAGGAGAUUCGCGGAGAAUUUGAGGCAGCCUUUUGUUUGUAAGGAUGAUUAUCCUUACGGCGACCCUUCUGCUGUGUGGCUUGCAAGUCAUGCCAGAUGCUGAAAGUAUAAGAGGAAGCAGAGAGCCAUGCAGCAACGAAGGAGAAAUCGUAAAUGUGGAUACAAUUAAAGAUGUCAGAUGUUUUACUUGCAUGUGUAAGAACGGAUACGUGGAAUGUUUAAAAGAGCACUGCCCCAAUCAACAAGGAUGUUACAUGCUUCAGGACGAGUCGAAAGAUGGCUGUUGUCAUAAAUGCAAAGGUUGCAUGUACCAAGGCGAAUACAAGGAGAGCGGUACGCAAUGGUCGGAUCCGUACGAUCCGUGUCGUGUGCUGUCGUGUCGUACCGGAGUCGUGACGGAGACCGAAGUCACGUGCCACACCCCCUGUCGUCAUCCUCUCCCACCUCUUCCCGGCAAAUGCUGUCCCACUUGUCCAGGCUGCAAAUUCAACGGCCAACACGUGACAGAGGACAGAAGUGUGAUGCUACUAGAAGACCCAUGCCUCAAGUGUCAUUGUGACAGGGGGCGCAUGACCUGCAUGAAAAGGGCAUGCCCCGUACUCAAUUGCCCCCCUUCCGCCAUGAUAGUGCAUCCUGGAGAGUGUUGUCCACAGUGCAUAGGUUCGCGCAAACUGAUGGACCCCCCACAGGGCCGCUGCCUGCUCGGUCAUAGCCUGCACCUGUCAGGUGCCAAGUUCACGCUGCACGAUGACCGCUGCACCAGCUGCGCCUGCCUGAAUGGCACCACCACCUGCCACCGGCCCGCCUGUCCGGUGCUCACCUGUGCGCUUGACCGCCAGCUGACCACGCCCGGGCGCUGUUGUCCCUACUGUCCCCUUGCACUGCCGGUCAACACCACUUGUGCGGUCAACGGUCAAACUUACAAGGACGGUGAAGCAUGGCAACUGGACCAAUGCAAGUCGUGCAUCUGUCAGGAGGGCCACAUCAGGUGUGCCAUGGUGCAGUGCAGCCAACUCAACAAGCCCUGUCCACCCAACUUCCAUCUCAAGCGGGAGCCCGGCCAGUGUUGUCCCAAAUGUGUUGAAAGCGACGGCGUAUGCACAGUUUUCGGCGACCCGCAUUACAGGACUUUUGACGGGAAAUUCUUCAGCUUCCAGGGAUCGUGCAAGUACCAGUUGGCAGCCGACUGUGUGGGAAAUACGUUCAGUAUCCGUGUCACCAACGAUGCUCGCUCCACCAAGACCUCUUCCUGGACAAAAACGGUUUCGUUGAAGGUAGGCGACCUGAAGGUGAACCUGGGCGAUCGGCAACGCGUCAAGGUGAACGGACAGAAAGUGGCGAUUCCGUUCCGCCGCGACGGCGUCACAGUAAUCCGACAGAACGAGAUCCUCCACGUGACUGCAUCCUCGGUCGGCGUCAACAUCCUCUGGGACGGAAACAGCUUCCUGGAGGUGUCAGUGCCUGCCCGCUACAAGGGACAGAUGUGUGGACUGUGUGGAAACUAUAACUCGGUCGCCCGCGAUGAUUUGACUACUAAGCGUGGACGGGUGGUAUUGGACGCGGAGAAAUUCGGCGCCUCCUGGCGUGUGGGGGGCAAACGAGCCUGCACCAGGCCAAAUGACCCCCCUCCCCGCACCCCGCACUGCAACCAACACCUGCCCUAUCGCCGAUUCAGGGACCGACUCUGCAAACCGCUCCGAUCCGACAUUUUCCACGCCUGCCACAAGAAACUCAACUAUUCUAUCUACUUCAAAUCAUGUCUCCUGGACAUGUGCGAAUGCCCGCACAGACAGUGCUACUGUGAGUCGUUCACCGCCUACGCCCAGGAAUGCCUCAGGCUCGGAGUGACGCUCCCUGAUUGGAGGAGAGCCACCGGCUGCCAUGCGUCGCCUCCUCACUGAGGCGAACACCAGCCCUCCUCCUCACUUACUCACUCACUCUCCUCCUCGCACACUCAUGCUAGUCAGCGCUUGCCACUCAUCUCCACAAUAGUGUACUGUGUUUUUCAAGCUACUUAACAAAACCAUGGACCAACAUUGGGUCGAGAGAAGCGCCUCAAUUAAUACUUUAACAAGUAGUUUUACGUAUUAUUAGUGUAAAAUACUAUCUAUUAUUAACCGAUGAUUGUCAUCGUUAAGUACAUUACCAUUGAGAUUAAUAGAAAUAAGUGUUAGCUUGUAAAAGGCUUUCUAAUACAGCUAGUUAGUAUUAGUAUAUUGUUGAUAUUACAUACUCUCUUUAUUGUUUUAUAUUAUAAGUUGAAUCAAUUUGAAGUACCAGUACUUAUUUGUUUUGAACAAAUUUUUGAAAAUAUUAUUAGAACUGCUAAGCAAAUUUCUUAUAUACAUUUUAUACAUGAUAAUAUAUAUGACGAUCAGAAUAUAUUGAUAUAUUCCUGUGACUAUCAACAUGAUAUUAUGAAUGGAUUACAUUCUUGUGAAAUUUUUCCUUAAUUUGUUUGUCGACUUCAAAAGUUGACUUUUUGAUUGGAAUUGUGACAAUAAAAUGAAUGUUUGAAGGUUAUUUAUUAUAUAGCCUGGAUAAAAUUAAGAUAAUUUUAAAUAGGACUUUCAAGAAUAAGAAAAUUUUGGGCUUUGAAAUGAUAGCAACAUGAAUUUAGAAUAGAAAUUGAUGUAGAAAAAUAGAAUACUCUGAUGAAUUUGAGAAUGGAAGUAUUUAUUAGUUGAUUAUUGAUCACUUGAAUUGUAAAUAUGAAAAAUAGAAAAAUAUUGUUUUGUCCCAAUCAUGAAUCAUGUAAAGAAACGAUAUUAUGAAUAUUGAUGUCAAAAUUGUAAAUAUGAAGAUUAUAGAUGAACAACUUUUGUUCAAAUUAUGACAAUAAUUGAGCUGGUACUCAAAAACUUAUGAUUAUUAAUUUAUUGUAUCCUAGUAGAUAUAGCAGGCCAUCAUGACUUAUUAUUAGAUAGAAAUUUAGGAUCAUUGUUCUAAUAAGUAGAUGAACUUAUUUAUUUACUUGGUAAUUACUUAUAGAAUUUGAAUUAAAUUGAUUGAUGAAACAUAACAUAUAUUUAAUACGAAUGUUGGAUUUAGAUUAGUCUUGAUAGGUAGGCCAACUCAAACAUCAAACUGUAUUGGAGAAAUUCACGGUAUUUACAAAUUUAAUUUCGAGAGGUAAAAUAUUAAAUGUUACUAAUUUUAGAAUAUUCUGGAUACAGUACUAUCAUCAUAUUCUCUGUAUUAAAAAUCCAUAUUUCAUUUUGUACUAACCUACAUGAAGAGAAAACCACAGCAAGAGAAAAAUUAUUAAAUUUUUUACUACCAGUUAUGGUAUAGUGCUUACCUGGAGACGAUUUUUUAUCCAUUUUCUUUCCAGUCAUCUUAUUUCACUAUUAUAUUUUUGUCAAUGGUAGUUUCCACUUUUUUAAUGAUUCUGUACAUUGAGGUUGACCCUGUGGAAAAAAUGAACAUUUUUAUCAGAAGAUAUUCAUCAGAAAACUAUUCCAAUGAUUCAUUCAAAUCCACUUUCAAAUGUGUAGCCUAAAGUACUUUCAAAUAAUAGCCUUAAAGCCUGUUUAAAGAAGAAUUUCAUAGAAUAACUCUUAUUAUGGUCCACAGUGGAAUUCGCCGCUUUCUUUGUAGAAAUUUGUAAAUAUCAAUUUUUACAUCACAACUUUAACAGGAAUUAAAAAAAAAAUUAAAAGUAAAUUCGUAUGGCUUUUGUUGGUGGGGAGUCCCUUUCGGGAAGGUCCCACCGCCUGAAUAUAUAAUUUAAGCCGUCAAUGGGCCUUACGACUGUCAUACUUAAGCCGGGACCGACAGUUCAACGUGCCCAUCCGAUAACACGGGAGUGAUCUGGUUAAAAAGCUUUUGGUUGUGAGAAGGUUUGAACCCGGGAUCUCUAUGCUGCUACGCAAGCACUCUAUCCAAUAGACCACGGAUCACUCCUUAAAAAAUGUGAAUGUAUACAUCACGAUUAAUUAUAGGGGAUUGUAAAAUAACUAUUUUAUCACAAACAAAAGUCCUCCCCCAAGAAUUAUCAGAGAAAUUUACCUGACUAUCAAGACUUUGAUGGAACUUGAGUAUUAUUAAUUUACUAUAAUAAUAUUGUUAUUGUGAUCUAAGUUUUUUAGGCUUAUAAAUUAAUGCAAAUAGAUGUAAUUGUAGUUAGUGUUGUGUAAAUAUUAUGAACUAUAGCUUAUAUAUUGUCAAUUACUUACUAGGUGGAUAAUAUUUAUGUUUGUACAUCUUUUUAUAUUAAGGUUUGGUUAAUUUUGAUUUUGUGACAAGUUUCAUGGUAUCAUAUUAGAUAUUGUUCUUAUAUUAUUACCAAAGAUAAUUUAAUGCAAAUAUUUUUUAUUGGAAUUUAAAUAGUUUGAUUGUUGACAUCACGUAUUUAAAGUAGUUGAAAACAUUGACAUUUUACAUCACUAUGAUAUUAUUGAUGAAUUGAAAAAGUAGUCCUUAUAUCAAUAAAUUAUAAACUAGGAACUUUAUAUGUUCAUAUCAAUCAAUGCAAUUUUCAUGACAAUUUAGUUAAGAGCUACUGUAGUUGAAGUAUAUUUGAUGAAUUACAUUAUUUCAAUUUCAAAUUCUUAAACCCACUUUCUAGAAAUUAAACUUUUUGAUUGUACCGUAUUUAUGUCAACUGUUGUAUCAAAAUCAACAAAGUCCUGAUUGGUAGGUAAGCAGUCAUUGAAAAGCAUAAUUUUUAAGAAGCACAAUUUUAAAGAAAUAUUUAGUUACAAAAUUAAGUGUUCUCCAGUUUUUGUAGUACUUUUACAAAUCUUCAAUUUUUUUAUAGGAUAUAAAUUGCAUUGCAACAAUAGCUAUGAAUAAGUCUACAUUAUUAUGAAUAGAAUAGUAAUAAUUUUCAAAUAAUAUGAAUGGCAGCAAAUGAUUAUUUAUAAUAAAAAAUGAACAAUUUUGAUUAUAAGUCGAUUUCAAGGAUAAACGCAAACACAAUUUAUCAUGAAAAUAAUGUGUUAUAAUCAACGCAUAAAACGAAUGAAGCUUGGAUAAAAAAUAUAUAGCCGAUAAGUUGACUUGAACAUAACGAUAUUGGAGAUUUCUAUCCCAAAUGCUUUCAGUAACAAGCUUUAUUUUAAACAAUCAAUAAUAUAAUGUUGAACAUUGUGAAAGGAAAAUAAAUGAAAACCUAUGAAACUCUUAUUGAAGAAUA